GAGACAAACAAUGACCAGCUGGAGCAAUAUGAAAACGCGGAUAACCGCAUCGGUUCGCACCACAAACCGGAUGAACGCCCUGCUUUCCGAGUCGAUGCUCAGCCGGCGGCGGGCCCAGAAUCCGGAGGGCGACGGCGGAGCUGGAUUUGAGGGCGGCGAGCGCAACGAGAAGCCAAAGAAUGAUUGGAAAUUUUUUCACACCAAUUUCAAUAUGGAACGUGCCCACAAGAUCAUCGAAGAUUGCAUCGAGGAGCGUCUGCUGUGGGAUCGCUUCAGCCGCAAUUACGAUUCUUGGCGUGCCCUGCAGUUGGUCGAGAGUCUGGCGGCCGAGAUACGCGAUCGGGUCAAGAAGUUAAACCACAGUCGGCAUCGCAUUAUCUGCCUGUUGUCGAUUGUGGAGAAGCAGAAUCAGGGCAUCUACCAGAGAAUGUGCCACCUGAUGGACGAGAAGCGGGAUAACUUCACUCAGCUGGUCUUUGAGCGGCCCACCUACUUCAUGAUCGUUGUCCUGUAUCUGGUCUACAAGGAUUAGUCCUUAGUCCUUAGAGCUUAUAAAGUUUCCUUUGGUCUAGUUAAGUGAUUGGUUAA